AUUGGCGACGUUAAUUUACAUGAAAUGAACUCUGAGCAAGUAGCAACUGUUCUUAGACAAUCUGGCACACAUGUUAGACUAAUAGUUGCUCGAGCAGUUGAUAUAUCAUCUACUGAAUAUAAGUACUUAGGAACUUCAGCACCACUUGUACCAACGAGGCUUUUACAUGACUGUACAGAGUUAGAUAAGUAUCUCAUUCAACAUAAGUACCCUCCGAUUUUCCAGAAAACGGUUGCUACAGAACUUUUCCAAUCAGACAUAUCAAAAUGUUAUGGAGUUAUGGGCCUGUCGAGGGUACCUGCAUCACCUUCUUUGCCCUUGCUAAAUUUGGAUAUGUCCGUUAAAAUGCCAGAAAUGGAAAAAUUCAUAGUGGAGUUGAAGAAAGAUGCCAAUGGCUUAGGUAUCACAAUUGCUGGUUAUGUUUGUGAAAAAGAAGAAUUAUCUGGAAUAUUUGUAAAAAGCGUUAGUAAAGGAAGUGCUGCCGAUUUGAGUGGAAGAAUUAGAGUGAAUGAUAGAAUUGUAGAAGUUGAUGGAUUAUCCCUACAGGGAUACACUAAUCUAGAAGCAGUUGAGGUUUUGAGAAACUGUGGAAACAUUGUGAAACUUUGUUUGGAACGAUAUUUACAUGGGCCAAAAUAUGAACAACUUCAACAAGCUAUAGCUGCCAGUGAAGUAAAUUCAGCACCUUCCCCUGAUGCCCCACGAUUUCUCAUCGAAGAAGAGAGUCUAAAUAUUAUCGGCGAUACUAAUCAUGAUUCUGUUCAUGCACACAAUGGAAGUUUCACCAGUUUCAUUAAAAAUAAUGAUCAUUUUAUUCCCGUUGAUGAAGAGUUGCUUCAAGAGAAAUGGGAAAAGAUUAUCGGACCAGAUACAAAAAUAAUAGUUGCACAGCUCAACAAGUUUGGCGAGAAAGGAGGUUUGGGUAUUAGUUUGGAAGGUACAGUUGAUGUUGAAGAUGGACGGGAAGUUAGACCACAUCAUUAUAUUCGAUCAAUACUACCGGAGGGUCCUGUGGGAAAAAAUGGCAUACUUAAAUCAGGUGAUGAAUUAUUGGAAGUUAAUGGUCACAAAUUAUUAGGUAUGAAUCAUCACGAAGUUGUCAGUAUAUUGAAAGAAUUACCAUUACAUGUUUGCAUGGUCUGUGGUAGAAGUCCAUUGAAUUCAUUUACACAGCGUGAAGAAUCCUUUACAGAGAGAGUAUCGUUAAGUCGCAGUUUGCAUAACCUACUUCCUGCUUCGGAUAGACUAGUUAAAGCUAAAUCGGAUGGAUCCCUAGCCAGCAGUAUAGCUGUCAUAGGGCCCUUAGACCAAACCUUCACCAAAAUGAAAUCACGUUCACUAGAACCAUUGACUGGCCUUGCAAUGUGGAGUUCAGAACCACAAAUUAUCGAACUUGUGAAGGGAGAGCGGGGAUUGGGGUUUUCCAUUUUAGAUUAUCAAGAUCCUAUCGAUCCAAAUGAUACUGUUAUUGUUAUCAGAAGUUUGGUUCCUGGUGGUGUAGCACAACUAGAUAGUAGAUUGAUACCAGGUGACCGUUUACUUUUUGUUAAUGACACUGUUUUGGAAAAUGCUUCACUUGACCAAGCUGUCCAGGCUCUAAAGGGAGCUCCAAAAGGCAUCGUGAGGAUAGGAGUAGCAAAGCCCUUACCAAUUGCAGAUACAGUAGCUCAUAGUUCGUUAGUUGAUAUUGACCCUGCACGAUGCAUUAUGAGUAACACUUUUCUGAACUGAUAUUCCAAAAGUUAUGUUGAUGUUUCAUAAUAAUAUUUAAAUAGCCCCUGGAAGGAGCUCCAAAAAGCAUCGUGAUAAUAGAAAUAUUUAAGUUAUUACCAAUUUCAGAUUCAGUACGAGGGUCACUAUUUAUAUUUUGAGACCAAUAACAAAAAACAUUAAUUUGUAAUUGAAAAUCACGACACCUAUCCUUUUUCCUUAUUUUACUGAAAACUUCUGGCAAACAAAUGUUUCUUUCAGUACCAUUCAGAAUUGAAUGUUCUAUGUUCCUAUAGAGGUAAUGUUGUCACAUGACCAGGUGACCAUUUGUUUAAAAGUGUUUCAUGCGAGUUUUAGUUAGAUUUUACUUAUCUUGAAACAUCCAUACAGUUGAAUACUGUUUUCUUUCUGGCUCAAAUGCAUAGAUCCAUAAUUAACCACCUGUUCCAAUCUUACACAUGUCUUUUGAAGCAUUUUUAGCAUUUGUUUACACCAAUCAAGAUGGAAGAUUGAAUGAGAUCAAACCUUUUUCACAGUUAAAUGUGGAAUAAUGUGACAUUUUAUAUAUGCUAGUGAAAAUAAUGCCUAACACUACCUCAAUCUCACAGUGUUCCUUGACAAUCUUGUAUUAUGACACAACUAAUUUUGGACGACUUUCACAGCGUUCAUCGCUGAGCGAACGGCGGCAGCGAUUAAACUCUUUAUCAGUGUUUCACAGUGGCAAAAGUCCAAGUAAACUGAUCGAUGUACUCCUGUCUUGAUAAUCUAUAUCAAUUUUGCACUGAGACAUAAUUUUCAAAGCACCAAACUACACAAUACUCAAAUGUGUUCAAAUGACAAAAUGUUUUAACGCUUGUGGUUAAAAAUGUCAAACUUUCAAUUGGGAACGUUAGAUGGCAUAUAAUAACACAGUGUUGCGAAGGCUCACGAUAUAAAUUGUGGCCAAAGUAAAACAUAGUAAUUUAGUUGAUGGUUAUCAUACAUAAUGCAUCAUUAGUACCAUUUUUGUUAUCAAUAUUUUAGAAGUUUUGUUCAUGUAUUGUAAUGAUAUUUAAACAGAAAUAUGAAUUAAAAAUUAUAGCUAUUCUGUAAAUUGAA